GAUUGCAGUUCACCUCUAGCAGCUGAAUAACAAUAAUCGAUUGACUUUGUAAAUUCUACCACCUAGCUUUCGUUUUGUUAAUUUGGUUAAAACGCGACUGAAAAGAUGGCUGGCGUGCUUUGCAAGGUUGAGGAUGUUCCGCCCGAGGAAAACAAGGAUGUGAUUGUGAUACCGGAUAGGGAGGAUGAUCCCCCUCCCCUUCCCUCCGCCCGGCAGGACAUAUGUGAGCUGGAGCACCUGCGUAAGCUCUUCAUCGGCGGUCUGGCACCCUACACAUCCGAGGAGGGUCUGAAGCAGUUCUACGGCCAGUGGGGCAAGGUGGUUGAUGUCGUCGUGAUGCGCGAUGCGGCCACCAAAAGGUCACGCGGCUUUGGCUUCAUCACCUACACAAAGUCCAUCAUGGUGGACAGGGCCCAGGAGAACCGGCCGCACGUCAUCGACGGCAAAACUGUGGAGGCCAAGCGGGCUCUGCCUCGUCCUGAACGCGAAACCCGCGAGACCAACAUAUCCGUCAAGAAGCUGUUCGUCGGCGGCUUAAAGGACAACCACGAUGAGGACUGCCUGCGGGAGUACUUUGUCCAGUUCGGACGCGUUGUCUCCGUUAAAUUACUCACUGACAAAACCACGGGCAAGCGACGAGGCUUUGCCUUUAUCGAGUUUGACGACUAUGAUGCCGUCGACAAGGCCAUCCUUCAAAAGCAGCAUUCGAUUAAGUACGUGCACGUGGACGUCAAGAAGUCGAUCUACAACCUGGAGAAAAAGGACAAACAGCAGCCGGGAGCCAUGGCGAACGGCAGCAAGCCGCCGCUCAAUCAGCAGCAACAACAACAGCAGAUGCAACAGCCUCCACCACCACAGCAGCAGCAGCAGCCGCAUAACGGCAACAUGCCGGUGCCUGGCUACCGUCCACCUGUGCCACCGCCACAGGUGAUGCCUCCCUACCACCAGCAACCGCCACCACCCCCGAUGAACGCCCCACCACCAAACUACAAUUACUGGGGACCUCCGCCUCCACCUAUGCAGUCCUACUACCAACAGCCACCCCCUCCGCAAAUGAACGCCUGGGGUCCCUAUCCGCCUGUUCAAAAUGGCUGGAACGCUCCCCCUCCUCCGCCACCCGGUGCCCAGCAAUGGCAUCCAGGCCAAUGGGGCUGUCCACCACCGGUGCAACAGGUACCUCCGGCUGGGGCAGUGCCCCCGCCCAUGGGUCACAAUGGACCGCCACCUCCGGCUCCUGGUAACUGGAACAUGCCGCCCAAUGCACCGCCACCAGUGCCUGGGGCUCCACCUCCGCAGGGUCCGCCGUCCCAUCAACAGCCCCCACCCCCGCCAAACUUCGGCAGCGGCUACCAGCAAAACUACGGAGGCGGACCGACAAAGCACAAUAGCAUGAAUGCGAACCGCAUGAAUCCCUACGCGGCAGCGCCGCCCAACAACUACCAUAAUCCCCAACCGCCAGCAUAUCCCCCAUACAAUGCUGGUGCCCCGCCGCCCAACGGAAACGUUCAGCCCCCCACUGGCGCCAAGGCGGUGGGCGUGUCCAACGGCUCGGUGGCCACCGGAGGCAGUGCCAACAGCAAGUAUCGCCGCUAGAAGGGGUGAGUAGAUGGUGCAAUCGCAACCCGUCCCCGCCAUUAGUCGUUCGUUUUAAAUGUGGCCUAUGCAUAAGAGUUGCCCCAAAUACGUCUUGCCACCCAUAUACUGUGUACUACCUACUACCCGCCACAGAUGCACUACGUCUCAAGUACUGAAGUUCAUGUAUGAUUACUAAUGUGUAACAUUUUCUUUGAUUUAGAUGCUCAAGAAUCAAGAUACUGUUAAAUAGACUCGUUGAUAAGCUAGGCCACACUCGCUUAGAGUUACUAACAGGAAACUUAACGCAUUGUCUCUCUAUCAUAGGACAACUAACUACGGUUUUACUCUACUCUUAAGCUAUACCAUUGAUAACCUACGAUCGAUCUAAGAUAUGCCACAGACUAUGUAUAAAUAUUUUCUACACCGUAUUUCGGAGGAGCGAGCUCUUCUCCCGCUUCGAUUUACUUUAGACAUAUUUUUGUAACCCCCGGGGAAUCGUAAAAAUGCCCAAAUACGAUACAGCAUGAAGCUCUCUAUUCGAAUCCAACUAUCUAUCUCUCUAUCUGUAAAACGAAGCGAGCGACCGUGCGACGCACGUCGGUUUGAAUCGAAGGUGGAAGGACAAUUGCAAGCAAUAAAUCAAUUAAUAAUUAGAUACAAAUUACGCAACUGUAGCCUGAGCUUAUUGGCCCAAAACGAAUAGCUUAAUCGUAGAUACCUAUGUAUUACUAAACCAUUCAAAUAAGAUAUACGUCCAAAAACAAGAAAAACGCAAAAUGCGAAUGCAUAUGAAACCGUAAUCGGAUCAGAAAUCAAAUCAAACGCCGAGCUGGCGGGCGUGGCACGGGUGCGUGGCCUUAACUAUCGAUGUACACAAGAGUUGAUAUCAAAACUAUUGUCAAUUUUCAUAAGGAGCGAAACGGAUACUUAUAUACUGUAACGAUGUUAAAGGUUUCUCUCUCUGGCCUCCCACGAUGUUUUUUUUUUUUGCUUUCCACACACAUGACAAACUUGAGAAAGUUAAAAUAUGCUGCAAAAGAAUGCUAGGAAACUCUAUGUAUUUGUUUUCGAGCCAUGACACGAACUCUAAGUUAAGUUUAUACCUUCAGAUUAUCUAGAUGUACGAUUCAUUCUCCUCUCUAUCCUAUUUAUAAGCGGUAGCGCACGCCAAAGGCUUUGAAUUGAUCCAUGAAUUAUGUAUUGAAAUAAGGGGAGGCUCAGUCCACCAUUUGGCAGCUUCAUUUAGAGCUCCUCUGCUAAAUUUACGAGAUACAACACUAAUCACUUAACCGAACUAUAUGAAAACACAUAUUUAUUUUAAAUAAAUAAAGUAUAAAAACAA